CUUUGAUCAAAGAAUUAUUCCUCUUCUACUUGUAUUCUGCAAUUAAAACCCUAAUUUGAUAGCCAUCCACCUGUUAAACCCUACCUCGACAGCAAUAGUAAAAAAAAAAAAACUUCAAACAAUCUACCAAGCGAUGUCGACAUUAACAGAUGAGGAAGAAUUUUCAUGUUCAUCGGAUUCCGACGUCGACGACCCGUUGGAUUAUUUAGUCGACGUAGAAGCAACUGGCGGUGCAAUUACUCUGAAUUCAAGGCGUCCAAAUGCCCACGGCGGCGUUCACUCUAAACAUAAUUUAUCAACACUACAACCCCUUGCUAAUCGCAACCAGAAGUUCUCUAAUCGCAUCCGCGUUUCUCCUUUGGAGGAAUGGGAAGGGAGAGUUGAUUUUGGAAUGUCGAAUUCAGUAACGACUGAGAUUCGAGAAAGUAUUAGGGAUAUGGCUACUGGUAAAACUAGAACUACUGAGAAAGCUGAUCGUGCUACUGUUGAACAGGCAGUUGAUCCAAGAACGCGCAAAGUUAUAUUCAAAAUGCUUAAUCGAGGUGUAUUUAGUGAAAUAAAUGGCUGCAUUUCUACUGGAAAAGAGGCAAAUGUGUAUCAUGCAACGAAGCCUGAUGGUCAAGAGUUUGCUGUCAAAGUUUACAAGACUUCAAUUCUGGUUUUCAAGGACCGGGAUCGGUAUGUUCAAGGUGACUAUCGAUUUAGAUAUGGUUACUGCAAGCACAAUCCAAGGAAAAUGGUAAAGACAUGGGCUGAAAAGGAAAUGAGAAAUCUUUUGAGAAUUAAGGCAGCGGGAAUUAGGUGCCCAACUCCAUAUCUUUUGAGACUUCAUGUUCUGGUCAUGGAAUUUAUAGGAAAGACUGGUUGUGCUGCACCUCGCCUCAAGGAUGCUGCCUUAUCUUUGGACAAGCUACGUGAAGGUUAUGUAGAGAUGAUAAUUGCAAUGCGAACUUUAUAUCAGAAGUGCAAGCUAGUGCAUGGGGACCUUAGUGAAUAUAACAUACUCUAUUAUGAGGGUCACUUGUAUAUAAUUGACGUCUCCCAAACUGUUGACCUUGACCACCCGCGGGCCCUUGAUUUCCUUCGUGAAGACUGCGUUCAUGUUUCUGAUUUCUUUAAGAAAAAUGGUGUAGCUGUCAUGAUGAUUCGAGAGCUAUUUGAUUUCAUUGUUGAUCCAACCAUUACUGAUGAUUCUGUUGAUAGUUAUUUGGAAGAGAUUCAACAAAAAAUUUUGACCAGAGACAUUACCGCAGAGGACGAAAUUGCAGAUUCCGUAUUCGUGCAGUCGUACAUUCCAAAGACGUUAGAUAAUGUGAAGCAUGCAGAGGAGGACGUGAUAAGAGUAACAAGUGGCAAGGAUACAGAAGAUAUGUACUAUCAAACCAUUACCGGAAUGAAGGAGGCUCUUUCUAAAGGUAAGUCUGUCAUACAAGAGGAGUAUGAAGAGGGUGUCACCUCUGUAUCAAAGUCUUGUAUCGGUAUCGACGGACCUGAGACUAAAUCUGAGGACGAGACAGAUGACGAUGAUGACUCAAGUUCAGGUGAAUCAGAUGAGAGUGGCUCUUCAUCUGUUGAGGAUCCUAUCGAUAAAAAAACUGCCAGAAAAGAAAAUAAAAAGAAAGUAAAGGAAGAGAAAAGAGAAGCUCGCAAGAACAAAGUGCCCAAGGCUUUGAAGAAAAGAAAAAAGAAACUGGCUAAAGCCCAGAAGACUAGGUAAACAGUUUUUUUUAGGCAUGGUGAUGGCAUAACUAUAGUUAUUAGUCAGAUGAAAGGAUAAGUUAAUUAUGUCCAAUGGUGAUUCCAUUUACAUUAGAAGAGGAACUGGAAGUAUUUUUUGAUUUUUGGCAAAUUUUGUUUUAUGUUUUUAGGUAAGAAUUUCCCAUUGAGGAUAAA